GUGCCAAGGAGCCGGCCGAGGGCUCGCUGCCAUGCUGGAUAAAGAGCAGAUGGUGACCCGGACUGGGCAAGAAAACCCAUUCAGUUGCUCCGCGAUCUAUUCAGCUCCUCCGCAUCCGCGGCAGCAGGACGACAGCAGCGGUGAUAACACUGACUGGUAUUUGGAGCAGUUCACAAUUCCCUCCACCUUGAUGAAGGCCUCAGCUCCCGAAGAGGAAAACGAACCUCAGAGCAUGAUGCUGCCACCACCACGUGACACUUCGCAGACAGACAGCGGCGGCGAAGCUUUCAGCAUGAAGAAAUUAUUCAGUUUCUCCAAGAAGAAACAAUCGCCGUCCCGUACGACCGACAGGGGCAACGCGCUUUCUGUGGGCUACGAGGUGAAAGAGAAAGACCUGGGCAAGUUUCACAAGGCUGCCUGGCGCGGAGAUGUGGCCAAGCUGGAGCAUCUCGUCAAGAGCAAUGAUGUCAAUCAGUUGGACAAGCACAACAGAACAGCCCUUCACCUCGCUUGUGCCUGCGGACAUGCUGAGGUGGUGAGAUUUCUUGUGGAGAAAAAAGCCAAGCUCAAUUUAUGUGACAAUCAAAAUAGGUCCCCCUUAAUGAAGGCAGUGCAAGGCCAGUAUGAACUCUGUGCUAAUAUUCUGUUGGAAAACCACGCUGAUCCCAACCUGGUGGACAACGAGGGAAACUCGGCUUUACAUUUAGCCUCAAGCAUUCCGUCCGUCUCCACCGUUGACGCCCUCGUGGAUCAUGACGCUGACAUCGAUGCCCAGAAUAAGGAGGGCAUUUCUCCGCUGACGGUGGCAGUCCAAGGGGACCACAUCGAAGUGGCCGAGAUUCUGUUGAAGAAAGGUGCUGGCGUCAAUAUUUUGGACAGAGAUCGAAGGUCGGCGUUAAUGAUAGCUGCUGGCAAUGGUCACGUCAGCAUGGUGCGACUGCUCUUGCAGUUUCAUGCAGAUAUUACUCUGAAGGAUAACAAAGGACACUCGGCCGAGGAUUACGCAGUGAUUGAAGGCCACCACCCCUGCGCCAUCCUCAUUACUGAGCACGGUGCCCAAAGGAACCAGGCUGCCUCUCUGUCUCAUCCUGGUCCAAGCAAAAAGAAGUUGAAAUCUGAGUUGGGCAAGGCAUCCCGAGCCAUUGAAACUGGCUUCCCUGUGGGAGGACCGGCCACCGACAAAGAUGACUUGGAGGAGAAUUCUCAAGCAGAGUCACUAAGCCGGGUGUCAAAAAAAGGCGUCGCCGAUGAAUGGGCUUCCUCUGAUGACGACUGCGAGUCACUCAGUGUUGAAAAGACUCCACCAAAAAUGAACCUCAGGAAAAUGCUCGAAUCUAAAAGAGGAAAAGCCUUUGCAGUGCUCGACAAAUCCAUGAGUGCUUCUGAGUCUGACAGUGACAAUAGUGCCCCGAGAGUUGCGUCCAGUAAACCCCCAAAGCCCCCCGUAGGACCCUCACCUGCUCCUUUCCUUCCCAAAGCCUCCCAGAUGACCUCUACCCCUCUCCUAAUCUACUCAAAGAAAGAGGAGGAUGAGAACGAUGCUAGUCACGAAGACCCAGACGGUGAUGAUGAAGAAGAUGACGACGACGAUGAGGACCAAGGGGAGGAAGAGGAGUUGGAGGAAGACGAGGAGGAGGACAUCUCAGAUGAUCAACUCGAAGGGAACAAAAGCCUCCCAGAUGGUACGACAGACCUCCCUGAAAAAAGAGACGUUUCCAAAGACGCGAAAAGCGGUGUUUGCUCAGAGUCGUGUCUCGAGAGGGAAGAGGAAGAGCAGGACUCUUGUGAUUAUGAGCAUGAAGCCCAGAAAUUGUCACGUGAAGAUCAACAAACCAUACAAGCACAGAAUACUGUUGGAGAGAAGAUGGAAGAUGCAGGCCUUGGUGCUGUUCCAUCUGUUGCUGAAAGUAAAGACACCAGAGAUGUUCAAAAAGAGGAUCCAACGCAAAAAGAGAAUGAGGAGACCAAAUGGGGACUGCUUUUGAGCAAAUGUGAAGGAAAAAGCAAGGAAAAAACAGACCUGAUGGAGGAACUUGGUUUGGGAGAUUUUGACUAUGCUGAAGAUGCAUCAGACUGGGAUACAUCAAGCAAUAUCAGUAAGAAAAGCCUGCCUGGA